CGGAGCAGAGCAGUACAAAAGCAGUCUCGGAUCUUGCCGGGGAUGCAAGCGUUAAGGGGAGGCGGGGAGUGACGCGGUUUGCGUCUGGAGCGGCUCCUUGGAGUCCACAGCAUCCAACGCCGCCGGAGCCUCGCCUUCCUUUCUCCCUCUGCAGACAUCGAGACACAAAAAGAGAAGCGACCCCGCGACCAGCGCGAGGAGCCCGCCCGCACCAUGACCGAGACCACCAAGACCCACGUUAUCUUGCUGGCCUGCGGCAGCUUUAAUCCCAUCACCAAAGGGCACAUUCAGAUGUUCGAAAGAGCCAGAGAUUAUCUGCACAAAACCGGGAGGUUUAUUGUGAUUGGCGGGAUUGUCUCUCCUGUCCACGACUCCUACGGAAAACAGGGCCUUGUGUCGAGCCGGCAUCGUCUCAUCAUGUGUCAGCUGGCCGUCCAGAACUCCGACUGGAUCAGGGUGGACCCCUGGGAGUGCUAUCAGGACACCUGGCAGACGACCUGCAGCGUGUUGGAACACCAUCGCGACCUCAUGAAGCGGGUGACCGGCUGCAUCCUCUCCAAUGUCAACACCCCCUCCAUGACCCCCGUGAUCGGACAGCCCCAGAACGAGAACACCCAGCCAAUGUACCAGAACAGCAACGUGUCCACCAAGCCCACCGCAGCCAAGAUCUUGGGGAAGGUGGGAGAAAGCCUAAGCCGGAUCUGCUGCGUCCGCCCGCCCGUGGAGCGCUUCACUUUUGUGGAUGAGAAUGCCAACCUGGGCACGGUGAUGCGGUACGAGGAGAUUGAGCUGCGGAUCUUGCUGCUGUGUGGCAGUGACCUGCUCGAAUCCUUCUGCAUCCCAGGGCUCUGGAACGAGGCAGAUGUGAGUACCAAGGUUGCAAGGCCGCCCACGGCUGGCAUGGGGAAGGAUGGGAGGGGGCACUUGAUGUGGGCCUCUGGUCUUCCCUCUCCCCACAGCCUCCCUCCCCCACCCGAGUUUCCUCCCCACUUCUGA